AUGCCUCGUCGCUCCAGUAGCAGCAGCGGUGGUAGCCGCCCUUCAACUCGGUCUGCAUCCACAUCCACUCAUCAACCUGCGCAAGCUCGUCCCCCAGCAGCUCCUGCUGCUCAACAAUCUUCCGUUCCUGCUAUGCAACAGCCAACCUCAUCCGGUCCCGGAUUAUUUGGUCAAAUGGCAUCCACCGCUGCCGGUGUUGCCGUCGGUCACACCAUGGGACAAGGUCUUUCGAGCAUGUUGUUUGGUGGUGGCGGCUCGAAGGAAGAAGCCCCGGUUGCUGCCACCCAGUCGAAGGCAUUCGAUGAGCCCCAAAUGGGAGGCCAGUGUGAAACGGCUGCCAAGGAUUUCACCCGAUGUCUCGAAAGCACCAAGAACGACAUGAACAGCUGCAGCUACUACCUCGAGCAACUCAAGGCCUGCCAAAACAUGUUCCAACAAACUCGUUAA